UUUUCCAUUAAAAUUUGCUUUUACAGCGCUCUCCAUCUGCAAGGUCAUCAUGGACGUCUCAAAGGAAGCAUUAUUUGAGGAAUUUGAGAACUAUUCCUAUACCUUAGAAUACUACUCACAGGAGUCUGCUUCAGAGGAGAAGACGCAUCUGAAAAUUGUUCACUGGGUCUCCCUGCUGUUGUGUGUCCUAGCAUUUGUUCUGGGAAUUCCAGGAAAUGCUGUUGUCAUUUGGCUCAUGGGAUUUAGGUGGAAGAAGACAGUCACUACUCUCUGGUUCCUCAAUCUGGCCAUUGCAGACUUCAUUUUCCUUCUUUUCCUGCCCCUGUACGUCUCCUAUGUGGCCUUGGGUUUCCACUGGCCUUUUGGCCUGUGGCUCUGCAAGGCUAAUUCCUUCAUUGCCCAGCUGAACAUGUUUUCCAGUGUUUUCUUCCUGACAGUGAUCAGCCUGGACCACUAUUUCCACUUGAUCCAUCCUGUCUCGUCUCAGCGGCACCGAACGCUAAAGAACUCACUGGUUGUUGUUCUAUCUGUCUGGCUUUUGGCUUCUCUGCUUGGAGGUCCUAGCCUGUACUUCCGCGACACUCUGGAAGUCAAUAACCACAUUAUUUGUUAUAACAAUUUCCAGGAGCAUGGCCAUGACCUCACCUUGAUGAGACACCAUGUUCUGACCUGGGUGAAAUUCCUUUUUGGCUACCUUUUCCCUCUGCUGACAAUGAGCUUCUGCUAUUUGUGUCUCAUCUUCAAGGUGAAGAAGCGGAGCCUCCCCAUGUCCCGUAAGCAUUUCUGGACAGUCCUGUCUGUAGUCAUUGCCUUCGCGGUCUGCUGGACCCCUUAUCACCUCUUUAGUCUUUGGGAACUCACCAUCCACCACGACAGCUCUUUCCAGCACGUGCUGCAGCAGGCGGUCCCUCUCUCCACUGGCUUGGCGUUCCUCAAUAGUUGCCUGAACCCCAUCCUUUAUGUUCUGAUUACCAAGAAGUUCCAAGCUCACUUCCGGGCCUCUGUUGCUGAGGUACUGAAGCAUUCGUUGUGGGAAGUCAACGGCCCUGCCACAGCCAGUGAACAGCUCAAGAGCCUGUCUUCCCUAGAAACAGACCGUGUUCCCAGAAACCAGCAUGGAUUCUUCACGUGAACCUCAUAAAAAUUCCUUUCAGAUGAACCUUCGUUCUGAUAUAAACCGACCAUAUUUUUGUUUUUGUUCAGUGUAUUGGUCUUAUAUUUUUGCGUGGGUAU